CUACCGAUGGGCGCCAUCGCAGAGGUUCAUUACACUCCUGGCUUUUGCUUUAUCCUCAUUGCAUUUCAUUCACUCGGUCAUCCCAUCCUGAACUCAAUUGCAGAUACUCACGUCUUUUUCUUGCUUGGAAAUACGGUUUCUUGGAGUGCCUUGCCGAAUGAAGCCCAUUGCUUCCCAACCUAAUGUUUAUCCGAUCUCAUCGGCUGAUUGAGCGACAACUUUAUAAUGUCAACCCUAUCACCCUGGCCGCCCCGGCCAACCCGCCCAAGCGAUCGUCGUGGCUUCGAGAUAGCUGUUAUUUGCGCUCUAACUCUCGAAGCUGAUGUUAUCGAAGCCUUGUUCGACCAUCACUGGGACGAUGACGGUCCGCCUUUCGACAAAGAGCUAGGCGACCCUAAUGCCUACUCCACAGGCGUGAUCGGCCGCUUCAACGUUGUCCUCGCAUAUAUGCCAGGGAUGGGCAAGGUUAAUGCGGCUACCGUAGCCUCCAACUGCGGAAAGAGUUUUCCAUGCAUCAAACUUGCCCUAGUGGUUGGUAUUUGUGGUGUCGUUCCCUUUGUCCCUACUAACGACGAAAUCGUCCUCGGAGAUGUCAUCAUCAGUAACGGCGUCAUCCAGUAUGACUUUGGACGGCAACUGCCUGAUCACUUUUUCCGCAAAGAUACGCUAUCAGACGUACCGGGUAGACCGAACCUGGAGAUACGAGGAGUCCUAGCAAAGCUCAAAGGACUUCGGCAUCGCCGACAGUUGAGCGCUAAGAUAGCAGACUACUUAGAUGUUCUACGUCAGGAUCAAGACCUUUAUGCUGAGUAUCCUGGUUCUACGGAAGACAGAUUAUUUGAGGCGUCCUAUCGUCAUACAGAUGAUCAAAAGUCAUGCGAGCAGCUCGGAUGCAACGGUGAUCUUGUGUCGCGAAGCCGCUUAGCGAUUGCAGAUGUCUACCCUACGCCUGCUAUCCACUUUGGCUUGAUGGCCUCUGGAGACGCAGUUAUGAAGUCUGGCGAAGGCCGCGACCGAAUUGCCGCGGCGGAAGGUGUUAUUGCCUUCGAGAUGGAAGGCGCUGGGGUCUGGGAUAGUUUCCCAUGUAUCAUUAUCAAAGGCGCUUGUGACUAUGCCGACAGCCACAAAAGUAAGGUCUGGCAGCGAUAUGCUGCGGCUACGGCAGCGGCUUGUGCCAAGGCUUUUCUUGGCUUUUGGAUCCCUUCGCUUACUCAAGAUAUUUCAUGCCUAGCUGCAAACUCAGAGAGCUGCUGCUCUUUAGGAAAUCGAGAGUCUUUUGACCAGAGCAGAACUGCACGUGCUGUUUAUGAACGUCAAAUGCAACCUGUCUUUUUAGUUCCGUUUUCGAAAAACGACCUCUUCGUGGGCCGGGAGGAUGUUCUUGCGAAGUUACGAGGUCUACUGUUCGAACGAGAGCGGCAAAAAGUCACUCUGGUCGGACUCGGAGGUCUCGGCAAAACUCAGAUCGCUCUGCAGCUCGCUUUCUGGGUCAAGGAAAACAAGCCAGACUACUCAGUGUUUUGGAUGCCUGCUUUUAGCAUGGCUGGUUUUGAGCAGGAGUGCGUGAAGCUCGUCAGAGCGCUUGGUAUCCGAUGCCCCGAAGGUGAAGAUGCGAAAGAUGCAGUGCGACAGCAUCUCAGCUCGAAAGAUGCAGGAAGUUGGUUUCUCGUCGUUGAUAAUGCUGAUGAUGUGGAGAUUUUCCACAAGUCAACGCACUCGGGUAGUGGGAUCCUCGAUUUUCUUCCUUCCAGUGACAACGGGCGGACCCUUUUUACAACGCGAUCCAGGAAAGUUGCCUCUGUUGCAGCGAAGACUACGGUAGAAACGUUGCUACGGAUGCAUCCAGAAGAGGCAACAGGUCUACUCAAGAAGUCCUUGAUCAACAAGGACGAAUUAGAAGAUAUUGAGAACGUGUCUCAGCUCCUUGAUGCUCUUACCUACCUGCCUCUAGCGAUUGCACAGGCAGCAGCGUAUAUGAACGUUUAUGAGACUUCUAUCGCGGAAUACAUUCGAGUAUUCAACGAUACUGACGCACAAAAUAUUAUCGAGCUUCUUGAGGAAGGAUACGAUGACGAGGUUCAUUACGAUAGGUCGCAAGGCGCUGUCGCUACUACGUGGAUUGUGUCGUUCGACCGGAUACGCCGAACUGCUCCGGCAGCGGCAGACCUUCUUUCAUUCAUGGCUUGCGUUGAGCCGAAAGGGAUUCCUCGAUCUAUUCUUCCGAAGUUGAAGACUGAACAGCAAAUGACACAAGCUAUUGGUACACUUACAGGACAUGGUUUCCUUAGUCGACGAGAAGGCAAGGCGACGUUCGACAUGCAUAGUCUAGUGCACUUGGCAACGCGAAUAUGGAAUAAAAACGAGGGCCGUGAGAGAGAAAUGCAACAGAAGACAUUGGCACAUGUUGCUGAGAUAUUUCCAACUGAUGACUGGAGAAACCGUGAUCUGUGGCAGCAAUAUUUACCACAUGCGCUGAGGCUAUUGGGAGCUGCGGGGUGCAUGGAGAACGAAGGAGGACAUAAACUGGGAUUAUCGGUGGGCCGAUGCUUGCUCGUCGACGGGCGGAUGAUGGAGGCAGUAUCUGCACUUAAGCAUGUGGUUGAGAUCCGAGAGAGGAUACUGGAAGAAGAUCAUCCAGAUCGACUGACAUCAGAGCACGAGCUUGCAGGAGCAUACCUUUACAAUGGCCAGACGAAGAAGGCAGUCGAGAUGCUAGAGCAUGUGGUUAAGACCCGAGAGAGGAUAUCAGCAGAAGAUCACCCAGAUCGACUGGCAUCAGAGAAUGAACUUGCAGGAGCAUACCUUGCAGAUGGUCAGACAAAGAAGGCUAUCGAGAUGCUAGAGCAUGUAGUUAAGAUCGAAGCCAGGAUACUAGAAGUUAAGAUCGAAGCCAGGAUACUAGAAAAAGAUCACCCAGAUCAACUGACAUCAGAGCACGAACUUGCAGGAGCAUACCUUGCAGAUGGUCAGACGAAGAAGGCUGUCGAGAUGCUAGAGCAUGUGGUUGAGAUCCAAGAGAGGAUACUGGCAGAAGAUCACCCACAUCGACUGGCAUCAGAGAGCGUGCUUGCAGGAGCAUACCUUGCAGAUGGCCAGACCAGGAGAGCAGUCGAGAUGCUAGAGUAUGUGGUUAAGAUCGAAGCCAGGAUACUAGAAAAAGAUCACCCAGAUCGACUGACAUCAGAGCACGAGCUUGCACGAGCAUACCUUUACGAUGGCCAGACGAAGAAGGCAGUCGAGAUGCUAGAGUAUGUGGUUAAGACCCGAGAGAGGAUAUCAGCAGAAGAUCACCCAGAUCGACUGGCAUCAGAGCAUGUGCUUGCAGGAGCAUACCUUUACGAUGAGCACGAGCUCGCACGAGCAUACCUUUACGAUGGCCAGACGAAGAAGGCUAUCGAGAUGCUGGAACAUGUGGUUGCGGUUGAGGCAGAGAUAUUAGCAGAGGAUGAUCCCAGUCGGCAUUUGUCACAAGACCUGCUGCAGUACUGCUAUGAGAGGUUAGAAGGGGCCGGUGCAGUAAUAGAGUCUAAGGUGUCGGUCCUUGGUGAGGAAAUGUAA